AUCCCAUUCCUUUGGGGCAUCUAGAAUUUGGAAAAUGCCACUAUUAAGGAAUUUAUGCAUUGAAUGGAUUGUUUCAUUAGGAACUUUGUCAGUUGUUCAUAGAAACUUAGAGAGUAUAUCUUGGUUGGAUGCUAAGCUCUGUACACAGUAUUUGUUUACAAGGAUUCCAAAUUUAAAAAAAUUGGGAAUUGAUGGUAGAUACCAUAAAAACGAUCUAAAUUAUUUUUAUAAUUUUGUGCACUUGGGGAAGCUUGAGAAGCUAAGCAUCAGAAAUUGGUAUAAACUCAACCAUAUUCCAUGGGCAAUUAGUUUUCUACCAAAUCUUAAGAAGCUCAAAUUCUUUUGCACUUGGUUGCCAUGGAGUGAUAUGAGGUUUAUUGGUAUGUUGCCGAAUCUAGAAAUUCUAAAAUUGAUAAAUGCUUGCCAAGACGGAAAGUGGGAGACAUCUGAGGGAGGGUUCCGUCAAUUGAAAAGGUUGGUAAUUAAAGGCAAGAAUUUGAAAGAUUGGAAUGUUGUGGGUGACAAUUUCCCUGUGCUUGAACAUUUAGAGUUAACUGAUUGCAAUUGGUUGCGAGAGAUCCCUAUUGCGUUUGCUGAUAUUACCACACUUGAAUUGAUUCAAAUAAAUGGAUGCUUGGAUUCCGUUUUGGCUUCUGCAAAGUGUAUUCAAGAUGAGCAGCGAAGCUAUGGAAAUGAUACCCUCCUUGUUCGUUCUUUAAAUAUAUUAAGCAUUGAUAAAAGUAAACAUCUCAGAGGAAGGUAGAAAUGAUAAGGGCAGCCUGGGCAGGU